UAAAGAUAAGCGAGUCUACAGUAGUAUUAGCGAACCAAAAUAACAAUUGUCUAUUGAAUUUAGGACUAUGUGUGGAGUUAAAUUAAUAGUUGUUUUAAUGUUAACAAAUUUGAGUCUGGUGGAAAAUUUUAAGGAAGAUCAGGCUCACUGGAAGUCAUUAGGAGAGGAAGAAUUACAGAGAGCGUUGAAUAAAAAAAUCACAGAAGGCGUUGCAAAGAACGUCAUUCUGUUCAUAGGGGAUGGAAUGGGCCCUACGACAGUUACUAGUUCCAGAAUUUACGGGAAAGGAGAAAGCGGACAUUUAACGUGGGAAAAAUUUAACAAUAUAGGCGUAAUAAAGACGUAUUCUGCCAACAAACUGGUUCCAGAUUCCUGCAGCACCGCCACAGCCCUCUUCUGCGGAGUCAAAGCGAACCACAAGACAGCCGGUGUGGACGCCACUGUCGAAGUAGACGACUGCGAAGCGUCCUUGGUGCCGGAAGCCCGAUUGGACAGUUUGAUAACGUGGGCUCAGCAAGCGGGAAAAUCAACAGGGUUCGUGACCACCACCAGAGUGACCCAUGCAACUCCCAGUGCUCUCUACGCCCACAUUCCCAACAGAAACUGGGAGUGCGAGAGUAAAAUCCCCGCAGCUUCUUCGAGCUGCAAGGACAUAGCAAGGCAACUAAUCGAAGACUCGCCCGGCAAAGAAAUAAACGUAAUCAUGGGUGGUGGAAGACAGUGCUUGCAGUCACAAGUGAAUGGUUCAGACGCUGAUCCUAUAGAUACUUGGUCCUGCUACAGUGAAGACGGUAGAGAUUUGAUUGAAGACUGGAAGGCGGACAAAGCGAACAGAUCAGUGUCUCACCAGUUUAUAAGCGAUAACCUAGAAUUAGAAAAUGUAGAUCUUGACGCAGAUUUUACUUUAGGUAUAUUUGCGAACGGUCAUCUAAAACUGGAUUAUGAAAGAGACACUGGGCCUAACGGAAUGCCAUCUUUGACCAAUAUGACGGAAAAAACUAUCAGGCUGCUGCAGAAAAAUAGCAACGGUUUCUUUUUAAUGGUGGAAGGGGGGAUGAUAGAUUUCUCCCACCACCGAGGCCACGCCAGGCAAGCGCUGGACGAGACGGUCGCCUUCAGCGAUUGUAUCGAGAGGGCCCUGGAGAUUACCGACCCCUCGGAGACGCUGAUAGUGGUCACCAGCGACCACUCGCACUCUAUGGUCUUCUCCGGCUAUCCAGACAGAGGAAGCAGCGUCUUAUCUACUAUCGAGUCAGCGAUGGAUCAAGUGCCAUACACCUCGCUUCUUUACGGGACAGGUGGACCAAAUAAUUACCAGUUCGUAGUCGAAAACGGCACAGUUGUCAGACCAGAUCCCACGAUUGAAGACACGGAAGACUUCACCUACUCCCAGCAGGCCGUGGUUUUGACAGAUGAAGUCACGCAUAGCGGGACAGAUGUCUUAGUUUAUGCAAAUGGUCCUAUGGCACAUCUAUUUAAUUCUGUUCACGAGCAGACUUACGUAACUUACGUGAUAUGUUACGCUGCCAAGAUCGGACUAUAUCAAAAUAACUCGAGCACGGUUGCCCUUUGUUUCUACAUUAUGUUAGCUCAAUUUAUGGCCUUGCUACUAUACAGGUGACUUUGGAUGUAGAUGUAGUAGUCAAUUGUUGUAAGCAUAAAAAGCGAUUUUUUAAAACUGUCUACUAAAACUAAUUGUAGUUGAAUUUUAUACUAUAGUGUUUUACGUAAGUAUUUGAUAAAUAAAAGGUUAAAUUGAAA